AGCGGUACAUUUAUUUGGACAAAUGCCGCAUAAAAAGCCACUUUUAAAAAAUAUUUUCCUCAUUACGAGUAGUUAUAGUGGUACUUCCUUGGUAUACGACCAAGUAACUUAAUUUGUCAGCUAAGCUGUUGGAUACUGGUCGCGCCUCAAGCCAAACGCAUCCGUCGAGGGCUAGCCGACGCCGUCUCGUGUGCUCACCUUGCCCGUGGUGCAACGUGGUGCUGUCGAAGGUAACCUGCGGCAGCCUCGGUUCGGAUCAUCGGCUCCUUCCACGGGUGUGAUGGCGCGCUACAGCGUGUUGGGCGACAAUUUACUGUUAAAUGAGCUAACGUGGCCGGAGAUUGAAGCGAUAUAUUCUGUUCAAUCAGAGCCUGUCCCCAGACGCAACAUUGGGCAGCACGGAUUUGUAGAUGUUCCGAACAUGGACGAGUGGACGUUCAAAAGGAGCUUUAGAUUUGAAAAAAUGGAUUUAGAAGAUCUGGUGGCAGCUCUAAAAAUUCCAGCCGAGGUAAAAAGCGCCCAGCGAGUGAGGGUUCCGGGGUACGAGGCGCUGUGCAUGACCCUGCGAAGGCUGGCGUACCCCAAUCGCCUUUGCGAUUUAGAAAGAACGUUCGGUCGGCACAGCUCGGUCAUUUCGAGCGUAGUAAGCACUGUCAUGGCGCAUAUAGAAUACCAGUUUGGACAUCUGCUAUCAGACCUGACGAACCACAAGUGGCUUGACGUGCCCUGCCUCAAGAAGCUCUCCGAGGCGGUGCAUGCGAGAGGUGCGCCGUUAAAGAACUGCUGGGGCUUCAUCGACGGCACUGCCCGACAUAUCUGCCGGCCGUCGGUGGGGCAACAGGAGCAUUUCUCCGGACACAAGCCGCACCACGUGCAGAAAUAUCAAGCACUGAUGUCUGCCAACGGCAUCAUCUGCCAAUUAGAUGGCCCUUUUAAUGGGCGACGACAUGACGCAGGUAUCCUCAAAGACACCGCCCUUUAUGACAACUUGCAAGCCAUCAACCACGGUGAAAGAUACGUCAUCUACGGGGACCCAGCGUACCCACUGCGGCCUCUCCUUCUCAAGCCAUUUGGAGGCUCCCGCCUGCUGCCGCACGAAGCUCUCUUUAACAAGAGGAUGAAUACAGUCCGCCAGGCGGUCCAGUGGGGGUUUGGGAAGGUGGCCGCAGAUUUUGCUUUUGUGGAUUUCCACAAGAACCAGAAAAUGUCGCGUCAAAGACUUGGGCGCAUGUAUAAGGUUGCCACCCUACUGUCAAAUUGUCACACAUGCCUAUACGGCAGUCAAGUGUCUAAUUUCUUUGAGGUCGAGGCACCCGCCCUUGAUGAUUACCUUGUGCCCCUUUCCCUUGAUUCGUAAACUUCAUGUUAUGUUUGGUGUAUAUAGAUGCACUUGCAUGUAAAUGUAUAGCAUAGGACACCAAGUGUUCCUUUCUUUCUAGUUUCAAUUCUACUUCAGGUCCGCUGUUUCCAUUUUGCGCGGCAUGUAACGCUGUGUUUCUACGUAUGUAAAUCGAAAGUUCUCUUUGAGCUGCUUUCAUUUUCUGAAUUUGUUCUAAUUUUUUUUUUGUGUUUGCUAUCCUAGUUUGUGUGUUUCUGUUUCAAUUUACAUGCGAGUUUUGCCCCCUCCCCCUAUGUAAAGCACCCCGUGGACAUUUAAGGGUGAUAAUUAAUAAAAUAAUGAAUCAAUCAGUGUUCCCUAGACUGCAAUAUAUAUUGUAAGGAUUCAGAAAGGACAGAAUAACAUCCUCAGAAGGUGCAGAGCUAUUAUGUCCUCUUUUCUGCAUCCUUCUAAAAUAUUUCCAUC